GCCGCCGGGCCGCUCGACGACGACGCUCCCGCGGGGGUCCCGCCUGAGGAGGACGCGGCCGCGGCGGCGGCGAGGCCGCGGGAGGCCGCGGAGGAUGGAGGAGCGGAAGGAGGAGGGCGAGGCCGAGAUCCAGGAGCACGGGCCCGAGCACUGGUUCUCCAAGUGGGAGCGGCAGUGCCUGGCCGAGGCCGAGCAGGACGAGCAGCUGCCCCCGGAGUUGCAGGAGGAGGCGGCGGCCGCCGCGCAGCCCGAACACAAGCAACAGAAGCUGUGGCACCUCUUCCAGAACUCGGCCACCGCCGUGGCCCAGCUCUACAAAGACCGGGUGUGUCAGCAGCCAGGACUUUCUCUGUGGGUUCCCUUCCAAAACGCAGCCACCGCCGUCACGAAUCUCUACAAAGAAAGCGUGGAUACUCAUCAGAGAAGUUUUGAUAUUGGAAUUCAGAUUGGCUAUCAGCGACGCAAUAAGGAUGUGUUGGCUUGGGUUAAAAAGCGCAGAAGAACUAUUCGUAGAGAAGAUUUGAUCAGCUUCCUGUGUGGAAAGGUUCCUCCACCACGAAAUUCUAGAGCUCCCCCAAGACUGACUGUAGUGUCCCCUAACCGAGCUACUUCAACGGAAACUAGCUCAUCUGUAGAGACUGAUUUGCAACCCUUCCGGGAAGCCAUAGCUCUGCAUGGUCUUAGUGGUGCAAUGGCUAGUAUAAGCGUGCGCUCGAGUACCCCAGGCUCUCCUACACAUGUAAGCAGUGGAUCGAAUGCUAGUCGAAGGAGAAAUGGACUCCAUGAUGUCGAUUUGAACACUUUCAUAUCAGAAGAAAUGGCACUCCACUUGGACAAUGGUGGAACUAGAAAGCGUACCUCAGCCCAGUGUGGCGAUGUCAUUACAGACUCACCAACCCAUAAACGCAACAGAAUGAUCUAAACUGCAAACAUUUUUCACACCCACCAUGCUGCUUGAAAGCCACUUGAUCCUCAACAUAUUACUAUUAUUGCAAAGGAAACAUAUGAGGCCAUCUCCCAUUGUUCACUGUUUAAGACAAGUGAAUCCUAUAGUGGUUGCCAUAAAAAGAAAGUUCUAGGUAUUUAUAGUAGAUGCCUCUUGUAACUAUGGCUUUCUUAAAACUAUAUUCCUAGCAGAGGACAUCAGAUACCGUGUAGUAGGAUCCUCAUAGGCAAACAUAUAUCCGUUUCAAGGCUAAAAGUGACCUUAACUGUAUUUAUUCUCAAAGGGAAAGGAAA